UUGUCACCAAAAAAACGAUAUCAUUAUGAUAUUAAUGGAUGAAGAUUGAAUGACACCUGGAUGUUCAGUGCCAGUGGCUCGAAGAUCAAUCGGAUUUGAAUGGCGCACAUCAUAGGAAUGAUAAUUUCAAGAGUUGAAAAAAUUAAAUUCCUUUUUCUCAUGAGAAUUGCUUUCCAGAGCAAUGUGAAAUAUUCCAACCAACAACGAACGAGUCGGGGAUCCCUCCAGGUCCACAAGGCGUCCAUUUUCCAAUCACUUGUUUAAAGAAUUAAUUUGUUAAUCAUGUUAAUCAAUCAUUCUUCAGGGUUGAGACACGUUUAAAUUGUUAUUGACAGAAGUUUGCCGGUGUCAAACCACCAGUUGACAGUCGAGAAUUCGAAUCUCUGAAUAUUUUCCAGGAUUAUAUCUACUGAAUAUUAAAUAUAAUCUUCGGGGAUCGAAGGGUAAAAGGUAAAAGGAAUCAUUCAGAAGAGAUCUACAGGAUGAACCUCGUGGAGGCUGUCACGAGAGUUUCACGUCUGAUUGUCGACAUGACGUUUUUAUCCUUCCAAGUGACUCUAUCUUUAUUGACAGCUGGUGUCAGAUGUGUCAUUCCACCUUCCAGGAAGAGUCUCCUAGGUGAAACAGUUCUGGUUACCGGUGCUGGUCAUGGAAUUGGAAGAGAGCUGGCUAUAAAACUUGCUGAAAUGGGCUGUAUAGUUGUCUGCUGGGAUAUUGAUAAGGAUCGUAAUCUAAAUACGAAGAAUGCUAUAAUCGAAGCCGGAGGAGAAGCCUACGAUUUCGUCGUGGAUGUAUCGAAUAGAAUAGAAGUGCGAGAGGCUGCGAGAUUAAUGCGAAAAUAUCGAGUACCAAAUGUGACAAUUCUGAUAAAUAAUGCAGCUGUACUCAUGCAGAAAUCAUUCGCUGAUCGUGAUGUUGAUGAUGUCGAGAGGACAUUUGGAGUUAACGUUUUCUCUCAGUUCUGGACCAUUGAAACAUUUCUACCAAUUAUGCUGCAGAAUAAAAAAGGUCACAUCGUAGCUAUUUCCAGUCUCUGUGGAGUCUAUGGUGUGUCUCAAAAAAUCACUUAUUGUGCAUCGAAAUUCGCGAUUCGAGGAUUAAUGAAGGGACUUCGAGAAGAGUAUAAGGCCCAACAAUUUAUUCACUUCACCACAAUCUACCCCUUCUACGUAGCCACUGGUCUAGCCCAGGAUCCAAAAUACAGGUUCUCAUGGAUUUUCGGUGCGAUUUCACCGGAAUAUGCAGCUGGGGAAAUAGUGAGGGCAGUACAGAGGAAUUAUAACGAGUAUAUCAUCCCAAAAUGGCUUUGUCCUCUGAAUUCCAUCCUAGGGAGUCUUCCACAGUCAUCGGUGGAUUUAAUCAUUAAUUUUCUAUCUCGCAAAAAAUGUUGAGUGAUUUAAGAAAUGAGUUUCACCUGAAUAUGACGCAGGAAAUAUUAUUCUUCCUCUUCAUACAGGCAAAUGAGGUUUUUAUAAUAAUUUUCUGUGAAGAAUAAUUAGAAAAAAAAAUCACGCUUCUUUCGAUCGAUCCCCUCUCAGAUUAUUUCUCGGAAUAUGCGAUUGCGUGGCGAUAGGAAAAUUAAUCUACACUGGAGUAAUUAGACGUAUUGUUACUACAAAUCGUUCAUUAAAUUAUUCAGCAAAUUUCCAUUUCCAAUCAUGAGUAUCCAUUGGUUAUUACACUGUAAUCAGAGUCUAAUGUGAAUUUUACACGUGUCAUUCAAUACAAAUGUGAGAACUCAUGCAUAAACCGAUAUUUAAUGUAUAAUGUUUAAAAAUUGAAAAGCGUUACAUAAAUGCAUUACAAAAUU